GAAAACCUUUUACUUCGCAUUAUAUUUAUUUCAAUCCAUAAUGUGGCGUUUUCACGUUGGAAACGUCAAUUUAUUUUUCCCUCUGAUAUGUUUGUGUGUUUAAAAUUGUUCUGACCUAAAUAUCCAGGUUAUGAAGCAAACACCUCCUGGAAACAGGUCUGAAUCGGAGAAGAAAAGGACAGGACAUGAGUGUUCAGAGCAUGGAGGCGCUACCAGGAGACAGGCCAGUACAUCAGGAGACGUGGAGGAGGCCGUAGGAGCAGCAGGACCACUACCUCCACCUUUGUGCAAGGAGGAACAGGAGGAGCACUGCCAGAGCCCUGCAAAAUUACCUCCAGCAGGCCACAAAUGUGCAUGCGUCUGCUAAAACGGUCAGAAACAGACUCCAUAAGGGUGGUAUGAGGGCCCGACUUCCACAGGUGGGGGUUGUGACAGGAAAAAAGAGAAGAAAAACAUGCUCCCUCUGGCCAACCUGAAGAUCUGAGACGUGGAAAAAGGCUUCAUGCCCAACAAACACUCAUUCGCUAUCUUCAACACGGAGCAAAGGCCAAGGGAGAUGACUGAGCUCCAGUAGACACCUUCUCCAUGGACCCUCAGCUGGAGAGGCAGGUGACAACGAUCCGUAACCUGGUGGACUCCUACAUCAGCAUCAUCAAGAAGACCAUCAGAGACCUGAUACCCAAGACUAUCAUGCACAUGAUCAACAGUGUCUGUAACCUGGUGGAUUUCUACAUCAGCAUCGUCAAGAAGACCAUCAGAGACCUGAUACCAAAGACCAUCAUGCAUAUGAUCAACAGUGUCCAUAACCUGGUUGACUCCUACAUUAGCAUAGUCAAGAAGACCAUCAGAGACCUGAUACCCAAGACCAUCAUGCACAUGAUCAACAGUAUAAGUGUGUGCGCAUGCGUACUAGACCUCCACUACAUUAGUGGAACAGCCCAACACCGUGCAGGACGUUUGGCAUUUGCCAGAGAACACCAAGAUUGUCAAAUUCGCCAAUGGCGUGCUCUUGACAGAUAAAAGCAGGUUCACACUGAGCACAUGUGACAGGUAUGCAGGUGUGAUUGGCCCUGGGUUUCUCCUAAUGCAAGACAAUGCUAGUGUGUCAGCAGUUCCUGCAAGACGAAGGCAUUGAUGCUAUAGACUGGUCCGCCCGUUCCCUAGACCUGAAUCCAAUUGAGCACAUCUGGGACAAUAUGUUUCGCUUCAUCCACCAACGAAAAUUUGCAACACAGACUGUCCAGGAGAUGGCGGAUGCUUUAGUCCAGGUCUGGGAGGAGAUCCCUCAGGAGACCAUCCGCCACCUCAUCAGGAGCAGGCCCAGGCGUUGUAGGGAGGUCAUACAGGCACGUGGAAGCCACACACACUACUGAGCCUCAUUUUGACUUGCAUCAAAGUUGGAUCAGCCUGUACUGUGUUUUUCCAGUUUAAUUUUGAAUGUGACUCCAAAUCCAGACCUCCCUGGGAUAAUAAAAUUAAUUUUCAUUGAUAA